UUCUUGCCCUAGCUUCACCUAAGCAGACCCUGGCUUUACCUAAUAAGUUACCUUGAAUGAAUUCACAACAUAAGUGCCAAAAAAAUAUUUUUGCUCCUCAUAUUUUACCCAGGCAUAUGAUGGUAUUUGCCCUGAAACUCAGUGAUGAGGUCUACCUAGCUAACGAUGUUGGAUUGCUAGCUUGCUAAUUAGGUAGCUCGCUAACGUUAGCUCGUUAGCUAACGUUAUACUAUAACUGCUUUUCUGUCAGUAUUCAGACAUUGUUUUAGCUGGCUAAUUAGAGCCCUGAAUAAUACUGCAUGUUUAACCGGCCUUAACGCAGUGCAUUGUCAAGGGAUAAGAUGCGCUAUCUAUCCAAUGCAUUUGCUUUUAUGCUUAUACUAUGAUACAUUUUCAUUGUGCUGUGGGUGUAAGCUCUAGCAAGCUAAGUAGGUAUCCUCUUAGUUCCCGGCUACUUUAGCGUUCACUUAGUUUACAGUUGACAUGGAUUAGGAGAGCACACGAUUAACAACUGUGUGGCCAGGGCUUUGCCCCCCCCCGAUGAUUUGGGUGGGUGCGGUCUCUUCUCGCACCCAUUAUCCCGAGUGACGCCUCACGCCCCCCCCCCCUCGUACCCCAAAACACACACGCAUUCUAACCACGCUACCACGGCGAUGACGCACCACCCAGGCAACUCUGUUCGAGAACACAUGAAAUGGGCCGGGCUGCUGGGCUGCGAGGCGGUGCUGUCCAGCAUGGCCCUGAUGCAGGCCAACAACAUGUCUGGCGUGGGCCAGAAGAAGACGGUGUCCCAGCAUGGACAGGGCCAGAGGGACGACGCCGGCGCAGAGGGCCACCAGCAGCAGUCUCAGCAGGGGCACCACGGACACCACAACAACCACCAGUCCCACGGCCACCUCAGCCACAUGGUCCUGCCCUCGGGGGUCAGCUGCCCGCCUCUGUUAAUCAGAAAAGAUGGACACUCGUUUCAUGCCUCCAGGCUGCUGGAUGAGAAGGACAUGCAGGGAAGCCAGAAUAUGCAACCAACAAAAAAGAAGCACCGAAAAGCAGGAACACCAAACAAGCUGAGGGAGAAAGUGGAGCAGGUGGAGUUGGACAUCAACGAGGGUGAUGAUCAUAAUUCCCAAGUACAAAAGAACUUCAUCUGUGAGCACUGUUAUGGAGCCUUCCGCAGUAGCUACCACCUAAAACGACACAUCCUCACUCAUACAGGAGAGAAACCGUUUGCGUGUGACGUUUGUGACAUGCGGUUUAUUCAGCGAUACCACCUGGACAGACACAAGAGAGUUCACAGUGGAGAGAAGCCCUACCAGUGUGAUCGCUGCAAUCAGAACUUUUCUCGGACGGACCGCCUGCUGCGCCACCGGCGUCUGUGUGGAGCAGGGGCUAACAUUCCCAAGGUGGAGAACCAGUCAACUUUCUCCUGCGAUGGCCGAGGAGGAGCCUACUCCCAGGAUGCAACUGGUCACACGGCCAACUGGAGCCCCCUACAGCAGCAGAACAACCGUUUGGCUGUCUGACCUCCGACCCCUCACGCAGACAGCCGUUCACGGCUCAGUGACACCACAUCAGAAGCAGACCAGAACUGCAUCCUCCCUCAGCUUCUUCCCAGUUAAUCCUGGCUAAGACGAACAAACCAAACCAUAUAUUGUACUCACCAGCGAGCUCAUAUCCUGUUAAUUGGAUAGGGGAUGAUUUUUUUUAACUCAUUUUAUCUUUUUGUUGUGUUGUUACGUACAUGGUACUUGAGAGGAGGAGGAGACAAGUCCUGGGGUGGGAGGGGUUUGGGCGACUCGCCAUAUUGCUAUGGCAGGAGUGAAUUGACAAAAACCGAGAGGUAUGUAAGCUCCAUUGAACAGCCCGUUUUGAACUUGGAGUGAUGAUCUGUGGAGGCCGGCGUGAGAUUGGCCUGGUCAAACAGAUAGUCACCGCCGACAUAGCUUUUUUUUUACCAUUGAGUAUUUGUGGAAUCUCAUCGUCAUUGAGUAACCUAUGACCCUGAUCCACAGCCAGCCUCAGGUCUGUGGUCAACCACGUCAUACUAAGGACAAUGGAGAACACGCAUCCUUGUGGCCUUGAACUCGGAUUCAUCUACGUUGGUUUCUUUAGUCCUACUAGCUUGAUAGUUCCUGUUCUAACCUGUUAGUGUAUGGAUGUAGGCAAAUGGGCCAGUGUCACAUUUCUUGUUUUAUGUUGUUAGUGUCCACACAUCCAUCCAGUCCUUGUGAUGUAUUUGAUUUUAAUACUGUAAGAUAACUUUGUAUUUUAAUACACUGGUCAAAUGUUCUUUAACUCUAGAACCUCUCGUGGCUACUGUAUGGGGAUAGUGACCAUAGAAAUAUAAUUACUCAUGUUAAUUCUAGUAUUUUAUUUCUAUGUUGAACUUCAUAGUCAGUGUAUGAUCAGCUUUAUAUUUUUUUUUCUCAAUGGACAUUUGCAUAUGUAGGGCAGGCCUGUUCUAUAUUCAUCCAGAGUUUGUCUUUCUGAACACUCACGGUUUUUGUCCGUCAACGUCUCAAAUGUUAUGGAAUGUCCUUAGUGUGUUGAUCCAUCUCAUAAUAUUUUUAUAGUGUUAUUUUAAAGCGCUCAUAAUGUUGCAAACAGCAGAUGAAGCAGGUCAGUUGACUACUCAACUUUGACCUGCUCCAUUUCAUUUUUUUAAACAAACUCUAUAAUCCACGCCUUGAUUGUUGUUUGUAUUCACCUCUGGCAUCUUCAGUGAAGAUGACCAUGUCAGAAAUCCAAAUCACCCCUGCAUCCUGAGCUUUCCUCUGAAUCGGAGAGAAUUGGAUAAAUACAACUUUUGUUGUAAGAAGUAUUGCUUCCAUCUUUCUUAUCUUCACCGAUCUAGAUGAGGGGCUAGGGACUAGGGGUCUGUUUGGAUUUCACUCCCUGAACUCUGUGGAUAUCCAUGGCAACAGAAGGUCCACUGGGGUUCCUUUCAUUCACAUUUUGAUGGGAGCGUGUAAAACUCCAGUACGGUAGUCUGGUGUCGUAUCGGUUUGUACUGACUUGCCAACUCAAGUUUUAAUUUCCCUAAACCAUCUUAGGAAUUGGCUGUACUGUACAGAAAUGGGACCAGGCUAUCACUUAAGCUCUAAACACUGGAUUGAGGAAGCCUGAAAUAUAAUACAUCAGUUCUUAUCUCUAUAGAGAGUUCUUAUUUUAGAGGAACAGUAGUUACUAUUUCAUCACUGUCAGGUUGUUAGUGCUGUCAGGGGAGUUUGUGGCCCUUCAGAAAGACUAAAGGCAGUUCGUUUUCUACUGCUGAAUUUGAGUUAAUAUAUAUAUUUUUAAUUUCUAUUCAAUUAGGAGUAGAGGCAGAACUGCCACUAGUGCCUGUCUGUUGUAACAGUAUGAUUAGUUCAUUUGUUUUAUUACCAGUAGUAUUGCAUGCAUUUCUGAUCCCCAAAAUAAAAUGACAGGAUCUCUUAAAAUGUUUUUGAUAACAUGGUUUUUUUAAAGUCAUCACAAUGCUAGUCCCGAUUCGCAGACAAGCUGAAGUCAACUUUUGACCCUGUAAGACAUUGUCGUCAAUUAAAAACUAGGGCCUCAAGCUGAAAUAAAGAUUUUCCUCUUUUUAAAAUGUGUUCCUGUACUCAGGUUUAAAUACAAUCCGGGUUGAUGCUUGUGAUGAACCACCAGAGGACGCUCUUUCCUCAUUCAUGACGGCAGUG